AUGAGCUCCCAGGUUCGUCAGAAUUAUUCCACCGAAGUGGAGGCUGCAGUGAACCGCCUGGUCAACUUGCACCUGCAGGCCUCCUACAGCUACCUCUCUUUGGGCUACUGUUUUGAUCGGGAUGCCGUGGCUCUGGAGGGUGUAGGCCACUUCUUCCGCGAAUUGGCCGAGGAGAAGCGCGAGGGCGCCAAGCGGCUGCUCAAGAUGCAAAACGAACACGGAGGCCAUGCACUAUUCCAGGAUGUGCAGAAGCCAUCUCAAGAUGAGCAGGGAAAAUCCCAGGAGGCCACAGAAGCUGCCUUGGCCCUGGAGAAGAGCCUGAACCAGGCCCUGUUGGAUCUUCACAGCCUGGCUUCUGCUCGUGCAGAUCCUCACCUCUGUGACUUCCUGGAAAACCACUUCCUGGAUGAGGAGGUAAAGCUCAUCAAGAAGAUGGGCAACCACCUGACCAACCUCCGCAGGGUGGCUGGGCCCCAGCCAGCACAGACUGGUGUGCCCUCGCCAUCUCUGGGCGAGUACCUCUUCGAGAGGCUCACUCUCAAGCAUGACUAGGAGGCCUCACCUUCCAAGGGGCUCCCUCCUCUGCUCUGCACCAGCCGGCCUCAGGACCUUCACCUGAACCUCUAGGCAGCUUUGUAACCGCUCUGGAGUCCCUCCCAAGUCUUGGGACCAAGUGAAA